AUGGAGAAGACUCAAGAAACAGCCCAAAGAAUUCUUCUAGAACCUUAUAAGUACUUACCUCAGUUACCAGGUAAACAAGUGAGAACCAGAGUUUCACAGGCAAUUAAUCAUUGGCUAAAAGUUCCGGAAGACAAGCUGCAGAUUAUCAUUGAAAUGACGGAAAUGUUGCAUAAUGCCAGUUUCCUCACUGAUGAUGUCAAAGACAACUCAGAACUCCGACGUGGCUUUCCAGUGGCACACAGCGUCUAUGGAAUUCCAUCUGUCAUCAAGUCUGCCAACUAUGUACAUUUUCUUGACCUAGAGAAAGUCUUAACCCUUGAUCACCCAGAUGCAGUACAGCUUUUUACUCACCAGCUUUUAGAACUCCAUCAGGGACAAGGCCUAGAUCCCUACUGGAGGGAUAAUUACACAUGUCCCACUGAAGAAUAUAAAGCAAUGGUCCUGCAAAAGACAGGAGGACUAUUUGGAUUAGCAGUAGGUCUCAUGCAGUUGUUCUCUGAUUACAAAGAAGAUUUAAAGCCGCUGCUGAAUACACCUGGGCUGUUUUUCCAAAUUAAGGAUGAUUAUGCUAAUCUACACUCCAAAGAAUAUAGUGAAAACAAAAGCUUUUGUGAAGAUCUAACAGAGGGAAAGUUCUCAUUCCCUACUAUUCAUGCUAUCUGGACGAGGCCUGAAACCACCCAGGUGCAGAGUAUCUUGCGCCAGAGAACCGAAAACGUAGAUAUUAAAAAAUACUGUGUACAUGAUCUUGAGAAAGUAAGUUCUUUUGAAUACACUCGGAGUACUCCUAAAGAGCUUGAAUCUCAAGCCUAUAAACGAAUUGAUGCAUGUGAUGGGAACCCGGAGCUAGUAGCGCUAACAAAACACUUAAGUAAAAUGUUCGAAGAAGAGAAUGAAUAA